AAACUCACUCAACAGAGGAGAAUUUAUGAACUGAAAUUUUGGAUUAAAACUUAUGCAUACAACGACAGGAACAUAGCUAUUUAUAAGCAAAAUCUAACAUAAGGCAAUAAAUGAAAAGUGAAAAUGCAGUUGGGAUGCUUUCCCCUCGUGCAAUACCCAGAACAGAUAACCAACGAGCUGACGAGCUAUCAAAAUUAGCGUCCUUACAAGAUAUCAACCCUCAGAGGUCAACAGUUGUGGAGGUACUUGACGCCCCGAGCUACACCGAUUUCACAAUCGAGUGUCAACUACUAAGCACAGAUCCCUCUUCACCAAGCUGGACCACCUCGCUCAUAGAGUAUCUGCGAAGUGGCGAGCUGCCUGAAGAUCCAUCCACAGCAAAAUUGAUUAAACGCAGGGCGGCACAUUUCACCCUGUUAGAUAAUCAGCUCUACAAGCGAGCAGCCUCAAUGCCCCUACUACGCUGCCUUACUCCUUAUGAAGCUGAAUACGCUGUGAGGGAAGUUCAUGAAGGAGUAUGUGGCACACACAUAGGUGGUAGAACUUUAGCUCGAAAACUCCUAAGGCAUGGUUAUUACUGGCCUACUAUGGUCGAGGAUGCACAGAGCUAUGUCAAAAAAUGCCCGACCUGCCAGUUCAAUGCUGAUGAUAUACACAUGCCAGGGAGUCGACCUGCUCAGCCCUUUUGUGAAAGGCAAAGGAGGUUGCACAUACCUAGUUGUCGCGGUGAAUUACUUCACGAAAUGGAUAGAAGCCAAACCCUUAUCCACGACAACAGAGAAGAAAAUAGAGGAAUUCCUGUUCAAUUCAAUAUUAUGCAGCUCGCUUUGACAUCUAUGUGUACUCCAUGGUCAAAUGGACAAGCCAAGUCCACUAAUAAAAUCAUCUUGCGAGGCCUCAAGAUGCGUGUUCGUGUUCUAGCUGCGCAUUCUAAUUGGGUUGACGAGCUCAAUAAGGUGCUUUGGUCAUGUCGCACUACACCCAGCUCGACCACAGGCGAAACCCCAUUUAGCCUUGCCUAUGGAACUGAGGCCGUCAUCCCUGUAGAGGUCAGAUUGCCAUCUAAUAGAGCAGGUCGGCACAACGAUCCUAAAAAUGAGCAACUUUUAAGAGAGAACCUAAAUGUUGUGGAAGAGGUCAGGGAGAUGUCUCUAAUAAGAAACAUGGCUGGGCUCACUCUCACUAAUGCUUACUCGCAUAUGGGGAAACUUGCACCAAACUGAAAAGGUCCUUAUAUGGUUAGUUGUGUUAAGCGACCUAGGUCUUACCAGUUGGCAGAUUUGCAAGGUCAUCCAUUACCAUUCAUUUGAAACAUACAUAACCUUAGGAAAUUUUACAGUUAACGUGUAUGCUAUUAUCUUAGUCAAGUUGUUAUCAAUCAACUGUAAACAACAAU